CCGGUGUGUGAGCUCUGUGAGCUCGUGUGCGUUGCAUCAGUUUGAGCAGGAAGCCGAGCAGUUUCKUUCAACAAACCGGUGUGAAAUGUGUGGGAUCUGGGCUUUGUUCGGCAGCGAUGAGUGCCUGUCGGUUCAGUGCACGUGUGCCAUGAAGAUAGCCCACCGAGGCCCGGACGCUUUCCGCUUUGAAAAUGUGAACGGRUUCACCAACUGCUGCUUCGGUUUCCACCGGCUGGCCAUUGUGGACCAGCUGUACGGGAUGCAGCCUCUGCGUGUCAAGAGGUUUCCUUACUUAUGGCUCUGCUACAACGGAGAGAUUUACAACCACAACACUCUGAAGGAGCAGUUCGGCUUUGAUUAUCAGACUAAAAUGGACGGGGAGGUUUUGUUACAUCUGUACGACCGCUUCGGCAUCAAGAAGAUGGCCUCUCUCCUGGACGGCGUGUUUGCCUUUGUCCUGCUGGACACUGCCAACAGYAAAGUCCAUCUGGGUCGAGACACGUACGGAGUUCGACCUUUGUAUAAGUUCCUGACCGACGAUGGCUUCCUUGCAGUCUGCUCCGAGGCCAAAGGCCUUAUAGACAUCACCCACUCAAUGACCACUGCUGCCAGCAUCGUUCCCUUUCUGCCCGGACACAUCGAGGUGUUUGACCUGCAGCCCAGCGGUAAAGUUCAGUCUGUCCAGUUUGAACAGUUUCACUGCUGCACACAGGAGCCUGCUCACGCCGUCUACGACACUGUGGGGAAACUGCCUACAGGUUUUGAUGUGGAAACGGUGAAAAGCAACAUCAGAAAACUGUUUGAAAAUGCUGUGAGGAAACGCCUGAUGGCUCACAGGAGGAUCGGCUGUCUUCUGUCGGGGGGUCUGGACUCAAGUUUAGUUGCUGCCACGUUGGUGAAACUAGCUAAAGAGGCGAAGCUGCCYUAUCCCAUCCAGACCUUUUCCAUCGGAUCAGAGGACAGUCCGGACAUCCUGGCAGCUCGUAAGGUGGCAGCUCACAUCGGCAGUGAACACCAUGAGGUGAACUUUACAGCAGAGGAAGGCAUCCAGGCUUUAAAAGAAGUGAUUUUCCACCUGGAYAGUUAUGACAUCACCACCAUCCGUGCCUCUGUAGGGAUGUACUUGGUAUCAAAGUACAUCAGAACAAAGACAGACAGCGUGGUGAUCUUCUCUGGAGAGGGUUCUGAUGAGCUGACUCAGGGAUAUAUUUACUUCCACAAAGCUCCCAGUCCCACAGCAGCAGCAGAGGACAGCGUUCGUCUCCUGAAGGAGCUCUACAUGUUCGAUGUUCUGCGUGCUGACCGCACCACUGCUGCACACGGCCUGGAGCUGCGAGUGCCUUUCCUGGACCAUAGAUUCACAGCAUACUACCUGUCCCUGCCUGAGGACAUGAGGGUUCCUAAGGACGGAGUGGAGAAACACCUGCUGAGGGARGCCUUUAAAGGCCUCAACCUGAUCCCUGAUGAGAUCCUGUGGAGGCGUAAAGAAGCUUUCAGUGAUGGUGUGAUGUCUGUCAAGAAGUCCUGGCACAGCUGCCUCCAGGAGCAUCUUCAGACUCAGGUGACCGAUGAGCAGAUGGAAAAGGCUCGUAAACUCUUCCCCCACAACCCCCCCACCACCAAAGAGGCGUACCACUUCAGAGAGCAGUUUGAGGAGAAUUUCCCGGGCCGGGCCCAGUGGCUGUCCCACUACUGGAUGCCUAACUGGGUCAGCACCACCGACCCGUCAGCACGAACCCUGUCCAUCUACGAAGCCAAGCAGUGAGMGGGUGGUGGUCCCAGAGGGACCGGAUCAGAGCUUUAAUGAGAGAAGCUGUUUCAGGAUGGACCUCAGCUGUUCAGACAAACUAUGAAUUUAUUUUUGUGUAACUUUAGACCCAUCUGAACCUUUAAACGGUUUGAAAGCAGCAGAUAUUUACCUAAAGAUGUCAGCACUGGAGUUUCUUUUUCUACUUUAGAAAACCUCCAGGAAAGGUUCUGAUGUAAACCAAACUGAAAAUCAAGUCUUGAACUACUGUAUAAGAAAACAAUAAACAGUUUGUUUGCCUCCCAGCAGAUUAAAUCCUGUUUGCUUCUGACGAGUUAAUAAUAAACUGAUUUAAAAGCAGAA